AUGGUUUUCUCGUCUGAAACGAAACUCCAUCGGAAGUUUCCGUCAGCUCGCCUCAGAGUUUCUCAAACAGUAUUCCAUGUUCAUGGACAGGGAAACCUCAGACGUCGCCUUUGGAGUCUAUCUCAAAGAGAAGACAAACCACUCCGCGACAAAGUGGCAGUCGACGCUUUGCGGAAAACUCUCUGGUACAGGUCGAAACUCCGGCAAUGGAUAUCCUUUGAAAAACCGAGAACAAUCCAAGACGCUCUUCACAAGGCAACAGACUUCAUCAUGAUGGAAGAAGAGAUGAAAGUCCUCUCCCAGAAGUACAAUCCGCAGAAGACGUCCGCGAGAAGGAAAAACCCUCGCAACAACAGGUAUGUCCACCACGAGGGAGAAGAUCUCCAGGGCGAGCAUAAUUACGCUAUCAACUCCGAACAGGGAAACACUUCCGAAAAUACCUGGACCAGGAACCAGUUCAAGGAUAAUUCCUACUGCGAGUUCCACCAGACCAGAGGUCAUUCCACUAUGAACUGCAAGGUUCUCGGCGCAAGGCUUGCUGCGAAGCUCCUCGCCAGCGAAAUUUUGAAGGUCACAGGCAUAAAAGACCUCCUCCAGGAUUCCAAUCGCCCUCCCAAAGCUGAUAAAGAGUCCCCCGAAAACAAUACCCAGAAAAAUCAGUCGGGCGAGAAACGCAGAAGGAGGCAGGAUGACCGAGGAAACGACAGCAACCGUCGAAGGGUGAGCAUGAUCAUCGGGGGAUCGCAAUUCUAUCACAAUUCGAUCUCGUCGAUCAAAGCUUAUGGACGGAAGGCUGAGACGUGUUCAAGCUGGCUGGCUUGGUCCCCAACCGACGACGCCACUAACGAUACGAUCGUCUUCGAAGAGCGGGAAACCAUCAGAAUCGAGAAACCUCACUGCGACCAUUGGUUAUCGAUCAAGUAA